GUCGCUAUGGAAACGGAUUGUUGUGUGAUUUUUAGUAAACAAGUCGCAAACUAUGAAUGAAUUAGAUUUGUAAGAAUUAUUUGAUUGAUUUUAUUAAAAUUUGAUUGCAAAAGAACAAAUAUGACUCUGUAUUUUGAAACAAAAGUUCAGUUUUUGGACAGUGAAGCAAUCAGUACCGUUGGUAGUUGGCAUCCAAAGGAGCCAAUAUUUGCUGUGGCAUCUUAUAGCAAUGAACGAGGCGGCUCUGUUACACUAUUCGAUGAUACUGGUAUACCUCUAAGGAACAUUACUUACCCCGUUCACACAACAUCCCAAGCAACUGUUCUUACAUGGCACCCAGAGAAAAAAAUUUUACUAAGUGGCUGGGAGAAUGGUGAGAUUCAUGCAUGGUAUGAGGGUAAACGCGAUUUCACGACGAUCAACGGCCCACACAAAUGUCCAAUAAUGUUACUUGAAUUCAGUGAAAAAGGAGGCAGAGUUAUCACUGCUGAUGCUAUGGGUGUAUUAACUGGCUGGCGGUAUGAUGGCCACGGUCAAUUUUUGACCUUGUUUCAUCACGAUCUGAGAGAUCCAUUACUGCAUAUCACAUUUCGAAAGUCAAUUGAAAGUGCAAGUAAUCGAGAACUAACGGAUUUGGCGAAAGCUGCAGUUGCCGGCGACGAAGCUGCUCUGGAUACAUUAACAACCUGGCGACCAAGAACAGCUGUUCGAAACAUGGCUCAUUCGUCAAUGCAGGAUAACUAUUGUUUUUAUGCUUGCACCCAAGGCGGUUUUUUAUACUACAUCAAUCAACAAGGAAUUUGCACAGAAAUCAUUAGUGGAGAUAGUAUUCCAAUCAUACAAAUUUUGUGGCAUCCUAAACAAGACUCCAUCGUGCUACUACUGGAAGAUCUCACAAUUGGUCAUUAUGACGUAGAUGGCAAUGGUCAAAUUACCGAGCUGGAUCGAGUAAAGCUGUCGGGAUCGGUUAAAGUAUCUGGUUAUAAAAGUGCUAUUACAUGGGUAGCCGGGGUAGGAGCGGCACUUGCAAUUUUAACAGGCGAUCUAACAGUACGAAUUUGGGAUAUAGAAAGCAAUGAUAACUACGUACUAUCGAUGGAAUUGACAACAAAAUUGAGUGUUGAUGAAAACAGUACAAUUACGCGGGCUGCGGCUGUAGAAGUAUUUACAUGUGUUGCUUAUUGCAAAGAAAACCAAACGUUGAGUGCUGGAACAAAUCAGGGAAAUUUGUACACAUGGCGACGUCUGAACAUCAACCGAUCAUAUGACUAUCCUGAAAAUCAGUGGCAACUAUCUAACGUUACUCCCGUGAGAGGAACGAUUAAAAGUUUGACUUGGGGUCUAACGAACACAAAUCGAUCCUGCAUGAUGGUAAAUUGUUUAUCGAGUGUAUUCAUAUUGAAGGAACAGGCAUUACUAUCUGGUCAUAUCAGAAAUCUAUGGGUAACCCAAAAAAAGUCCAACGAACUGGAUGUUGUGCUAUACAGCACAUCGGCUUCUGCGAAAAGUGGCACGACGCAAAAAGCAGUGUUGAAAAGCGAUAAUUCCAUCAUCCAUCUUGCACUGAGCGAGAUAAAUCUUGUUCUAACGAAUGGCCGCACGGUUGCUGUGUAUCGAUUGGGCAGCGGUGGCGUUCCAGGUAGCAAAUCUUCCGUCGUGUCCUCAGCGACCGUUGGUGAUGAAGAUGUCGAUGGACUGUCUAUCACGUACGUAGGCAGUUUUGCCGUUGAUUGUGUCGCGAUUUUCCUUUACGAGCAAAGCGUGGUAGCACUUGAAGCGGACCAGGUUAAAAUUUAUUCACUCAGUGGAGUAGUAUUGCAGGAGAUAUUUUUCAAUGAUAAUGAAGGUAAACCAAUCGGCGCUGAUCUGUUGGGCCAAUAUCUAACCAUCUUUACCCUGAACGGCUAUAUCAAGCUAUUCGAUAUUUCGCGGCACGAAUUAAAAUUGGUACAACCUCCGAAAUGUGCCUACGAUUUAUUUGAAAAAUUCGGAGAAAUCAUUUCAGCUAAAAGUAAUUCAACCGGCACACAUCUGGCGUUGACGAUCGCAAAUGAACAGUUACUUCCGGAUGGAAAGUUGUACUUAUGGAAUUUGGAAAGCAAUAGCAUUCAACAUUAUGAAUUUUUAACUAAGAUUGACUCCGAGUCAAUUGUUUCGCAUCUGCCCGUAGUAUUUUUCUGGGACACUGAUGACCCGAGAGUGUUGGCUUGUGAGAAUAAGCCUAUUUUUGGAUCAGGGCAGAAGCUAUCUGGUAAAACUGGAAACAUUCCAGAAGCCCAAAUCACUAUUAUGUUUGUUGACCAAGCAACGCAGCUGAAAGAGUUGGAAGUGAUUGAGCUGAAUAGUGGAGAUCAGUUGAUAAAUUUAUGCAUACCCCACUUGGUGUUACUUAAACUGAAUCAAAUUGAACGGAUUCCUUUGCGUGACUUCAAAGGAAUGGACCAUUGUGAUAUUGUAACAAAGAAUAUGAUUCUGAAUUUUAGUUUGAAUGUGGCACAGGAGAAUAUGGAUCUUGCGUUCAGUUGUAUUCGCUCGCUGAAAUCGGACACUGUUUGGACCAACUUGGCUAAGCUUUGCGUACAUACUGGUCGUUUGGAUGUUGCGAAGGUGUGCUUAGGUCAUCUUAUGAAAGCUAGAUCAGUUCGUGCGCUAAGAAAGGCCAUGGAAGAUGAAACAUUAGAACAUGAAUGUCGUGUAGCAGUUUUGGCAAUUGAGUUGAACAUGAUUCCAGAAGCAGAAGUUUUGUAUAAGAAAGUCGGCCGAUAUGAUCUAUUGAAUAAAUUAUAUCAGGCGGCUGGAAGGUUCGAAGAAGCACUAGAAAUUGCAGAGAAUCUCGAUCGGGUACAUUUGAAAAAUACAUAUUUUAAAUAUGCAGAAUGGUUAAAAGAAAACGGUAAAAUUCAGAAAGCAAUUCAGUACUAUGAGAAAACUAACACCCUGCUGCAUAACGUUAGUCAGUUGUUAAUGGAUGAUCCGACUGCCUUGAAAAAAUAUAUGCAAACUACGAAGGACCCCGAACUAUUGAAAUGGUGGGCACAAUAUAUUGAAAGUAGUGGUGACAUGGAAGGAGCUUUCAAAAUUUAUCAAAAAUCCGAGGACUGGUUUUCUCAAGUGAGAAUCUUAUGUUUUAUUGGUCAAGUAGCGAAAGCGGAUGAAAUAGCUAAGAAUAGUGGAGAUCGAGCUGCUUGCUAUCAUCUGGCACGAUACUAUGAAAAUAGCGGGAAAUUCUCGGAAGCAAUUCAAUUUUACACGCGAGCUGAAACUUAUGGCAAUGCUGUGCGAAUAUGUAAGGAAAAUGAUCUUCAAGAUGAGCUUUGGACCGUCGCAUGUACGGCUAGACCACGUGAUAAAGCUACUGCAGCUGCUUAUUUCGAAGAAAACGGAGACUACAGACGAGCUGUGGAAUUGUACCAUCGAGCAGGAAUGCUGCACAAAGCUGUAGAGAUGGCUUUCAAAUCGCAACAGCCAGAAUCACUACAGGUGAUAGCUUCUGAGUUAGAUGAAAAUUCUGACCCCGAACUGGUAGGUCGUUGUGCUGACUUUUUCAUCGGGGUUGAACAGAAUUACAAAGCUGUUCAAUUGUUGGCUACUACUCGACAGCUCGAACGAGCUUUGCAAGUGGCAGCUGAUAACUCGGUACCAUUGACUGAGACAUUAGCCGAGCUUUUAACGCCUGCCAAAAAUGAAAUACCGGAGGAAAGACGGGUAUCUCUACUGCUGCAGCUUGGUGAUAUACUACAAGAGCAAGGAGAUUAUCAUUCAGCUACUAAAAAAUUUACUCAAGCGGGUGAUAAAAUUCGAGCGAUGAAAAGCCUAUUAAAAUCUGGUGAUACAGAGAAAAUAAUUUUUUUUGCUGGGAUGUCCCGUCAGAAGGAAGUAUACGUGAUGGCAGCCAAUUACUUACAAGCUUUAAGUUGGCAGAGUGAUUCAAAAAUAUUGAAAAAUAUUGUAACCUUCUACACUAAAGGGCAGGCUUACAGUCAAUUAGCGAAUUUUUAUGCCAAUUGUGCUCAAGCCGAAAUUGAUGAAUUCCGUGAUUACGAUAAGGCGUUGAAAGCCUUACAAGAAGCAGGAAAAUGUUUAUCCCGAGUAUCGCCACCAUCGCAAAAAAUGAAUGAAACGUUGCAACAAGCGAUGAUGGAAGUUCGAAAAGUUAUAGAUUUACAGGAUGCUGUUGAAAGAAGAGAGUUUUUAGCGGCAAUCAAAGUGUUAAAAGUUAAACUGGAAGAACAGAUAGCUCCUCCAGUAAGGAUUUGGGACCUUUUGGCCUUAUUAGUAGAAUGCUUGGUUUCGACUAGCCAAUACUCGGAGGCAUUGUUCUAUUUGAAGCAGCUUGCACAGAAAAAGAUCGAUUGGUAUCAACAGGAUUUAAUUGAAAGAAGUUUGCUGGAUAAACUUGUCGCUGAAACGGGGAUCAACUUGGAACCUUACGCUAAUCCCGGGAAAGUUCAGCGUCCGUUAACAUCUUCAACUGUGACGAUGAAUAGCGACGAAGAAGAAAUUCAGGAAGAGUUUGAUGUGUGAAAUGUUACAGUACUAUCGAAGAUUACAAUAUUUCAUACUCAUUCAUUGAAAAAUGUUGGGUUAGUAAUCAUGAGCUAGUAGGCUCGGUAAUAGUGUAAUUUUAUUGAUCCUUCGUUGAUACGGGGCGAUAAGCUCCGGCAAAAUGCCAUGGAACAAUAAAACAAUACUUUCUUGUAUUUAAAUUGCUCAAUAUAGUUCAUACUGCAACUUGACAUUUUUUCAAACAUCAACAAACAUUGUCAUAGUUACGACGCAUGUAGUGAUCAGAUGCUUGUUGUUUUGCUUCAAAUGAUGAUUGAACUGAAAGUGACAGUGAACCGAGUUCAUCGAGGGGUCCUCUUCAAAUGAUAUAAGAGAAAUAGCAGAUCACUCUAUCUUGAGUUUAUUUUUAGUACUAUGACGAGAACAAUUACUGUUAGUUGUACGUCACGUUAGUCACGUGUAUUAGUAUUUAGUUUCCUGAGUAAAACGAUAUUGAUGCAGAACUAUUUCUAAUAGUGAACAGAAAUUGCAUUAAAACCCAUUAAUGACAAGUUGAC